CAACACAGAAGUUGCAGAGAGGCUUUUCACAUUAAAAAAUAAAAGGAAAACGAACUUAGAAAUUUUCUAACCUCACGAAGCUUCACUCUCAUUUUCUAUUCUACAAUCUAAUUUUGCUUUUCUUUCAAUUCUACUUUCUCUCUCUAGUUUCCAAGAAAACCCAAGAUUUUCUCACACUUUCUGGUUCCUCUUUUUUCUUUCUUCAGACAAUUCUCUGCCUUGAAGAACGAGUAAUUUAAUUUCCCCUUCAAUAUUGCUUCUUGUUCUUACCAUGCCCAAAUCAACCCACUUCAUAUUUCACAAUUUUUGCAUGUGUUAUCAUCAAUUUCCAGAAACCAAGUAAACUCACUCAAGGUUUAAGUUAGUUCUUUGUCUGUCAACUUUUUCAUGAAUUUGUUGUCUUUAAUUGUUAUAUAAUCUACCAUAUUCCUAUUUUCUGUUUCUUGUAUAUUUUAGCAAUUUUAUAAAGUCAGUUUUGUGGGAGAGAGAGAGAGAGAGAGAGAGAGAUUGGGUUUGUGUUGUUUGGUUUGAUUUCUGUGUUUGUUUUUUGAGUAUUGUUUAUCUUGGUUCUUGUGUUUUGAUCAAGUUCAUUGUUUAAUUGUAUUGGGUUUUAUGUUUUAGAUUCAUAUUUUUUCAUGAUUACCACUGAUCAUUGUUUAUCAAAGAACAUGAAAGGGUUUAGGAGAAAGAAACCUUGAGGCUUUGUAAAUAAUAUGAGUUUGCUCAAUUUGGUGGCCUAAUCUUCAAUUUGUCAAUUAUAGAUUUUCAAAUUUGCAGAUUAUUUGUAUAACUUGCUGUUCUUACUUCCUAUCAUUCCAAGUCAGUAGUUGAGAUUGGUAAGUUUUGAUACUUUUCUGCCUCCACCAAGUGAAACCCUUCCGGCCUCGGGUUCCUUUUCCCUGUAACAUCUCAAUUGGGAUUUGGGGUUAGGGUUUGAAUUAGGUUUUGAGAUUAGGGUUCAGAGAAGUUUUUCCAGUACCAUUUGUAUUCCCUGUAUUGUCCUUAUCAACACAUGUCCAUGUGCAAGCUUUGUUUGGAGAAUUAUACCCAAUAGGUUUUGAAAAGAAGUGAUUUUGUUGUUAUUCAACACAAACAGGAGUGUUUUAGUUUGCAAUUCUGAGGGGUCAUCUGAGGUUGAGGUUGGUAUUGGUGAUUCUUUCUGCUUUAUCAUUUACAAUGGGGGAUUGUGAAGCUGUAAUACCAACCCAUGAUGGUGAACAGCAUGUGAUUCUUGCUGCUCAGCACAUCGUGAAGGCGUUGUGGACGAAUAAGAAUCUGAGUGAUGAUAUGAGGAAAAUCCUAGCAGACCUUGACACCCAUUUGUCUACAAUGACCAUACUCACUGAGAGUAAGGCAGGGUUGACUAAUGAGGUUGAAGAUCAGCUCAUUUGUGCUCAGCAAAGGGUCAUGAGUUGGCAGUCGAAUCAGUUGAUGAUAUGGGAUUCUGGUCCUCAGGAAGUUUCGAGGUAUCUACAAGCUGUUGAUGAAGUUCGAAGGUUGACAGAGAGUUUAGGAAGCUUGCUGUCAAACAAUAAUGGGAAACAGAAGGAGCUCCUUGACCGAGCUCACAGUGUUCUGCAGAUGGCAAUGGCCAGGCUUGAGAAAGAGUUGAUCCACAUUCUUGCUCAUAGUAAGCAAUUUUUGGGGCCCAGAUACAUUUCCUUUCAGUCUUAUGAAGGGAGUGUCGUGUGUGAAGAAUCGAUAGUUUCAAAUGAGGACGAUUCAAUGGGGGGCAAAUCUCGGAGAGAGAGCAAUAGCACUGAAUCCGAGGAAUGUAUCAUAAGUUUGGUCCAUCCGAAUGUAGUUUCCGAUAUAAAGUCUAUUGCAACUGUAAUGUUUGCUUCAAAUUAUGAUCAGGAAUUUUGCCAGGCUUUCACUAGCUUCUGGGAAAUUGCAUUGAAUGAGUUUUUGAUCAAUUGUGAGGUGGACAAACUCAGCAUUGAAGAUGUGUUGAAAAUGAAGUGGGAUAGCUUGUACUGCAGGAUCAGAAAAUGGUGCCGGGCAAUGAAGGCUGUCAUUCGGUUUUAUCUUUGCAGUGAGAAAUGGCUCUUUGAUCAAGUCUUGGGAGAAUUUGGAUCUAUUUGUUCAAUCUGUUUUGUUGAGGCUUCAAAGACUUCAAUGUUGUGCCUCCUGAAUUUUGGCGAAGCCAUUGCAAUGGGGCCCCAUUCACCAGAAAUUCUUUUUUGCUUAAUCGACAUGUACGAGGUUCUAGCAAAUCUUCUCCAAGAUAUAGAUGCUCUAUUCUCAGAAGAAUUUGGUUCUUUUAUUCGGAUCGAGUUCCACGAGCUCUUGAUGAGAUUAGGCAAUUCUGCUAGGGUCACAUUUAAGAAAUUCGGGAAUGAAGUUGCCUCGGAGACAUCAAAUACCCCCUUCCCCAGAGGUGGCAUUCACCCUCUCACCAAGUAUGUCAUGAACUACAUCAAGACCCUUGCAGGAUAUGGUGACACCCUCAAUUUGCUUCUUGAGAGGCAAGAUGGGGAGGAGUUAGGUACAGUAGUUGAUGCCGAGGAUGGGCAGAGUGCCUGUUCCUACCAUUUUCGUCCAAUGGCACGCUACCUAUGGUCAGUGGCAUCCAUUCUCGAAACAAACCUUGACAAAAAAUCCAGAUUAUACAGGGAUUGUUCAUUGAAGCACAUUUUUAUGAUGAAUAACAUCCAUUACAUGGUGGAAAAAGUUAAGGACCCCGAACUCGGGACAUAUUUUGGGGAUGAAUGGAUCAAAAAGUAUAUCGUGAAGUUCCAGCAGCACGCGAGAAGCUAUGAGAGAGCCACUUGGAGUUCAGUCUUGUCAUUGCUUAGGGACGACGGAAAGCUAGGGAAGUCGGUUCUUAGGGAGAGGUGCAGGCGCUUCAAUGUUGCCUUUGAGGAGGUAUACAAAAGUCAGACAGGAUGGAUUAUCCCAGAUGUUCAGCUUAGGGAGGAUGUACAAAUCUCAACUUCACAGAAAGUAAUCCAUGCAUACAGGACUUUUAUGGGUAGAUACUCCAUUUGUAUCGAGGACAAGUACAUUAAGUACACUGAACAUAAUUUGGAGAACUAUAUCUUGGAUCUGUUUGAAGGUUCUCAAAGGUCACUGCACAAUUCCAGGAAGUAAAAAUCAGAAUGCUUUGGAGCUUUAGAAUUCCUUCUGCCCUCAUGGUCUCCUUUCCCCUGGUAGUUUCAUGAUUGUAAUUUACAAAAUGUGCUUGUAUUAUAUCACUUGACUGCAGUCUAAAUUUCUCAAGAAAAUUGCUGCAGCAUUGUUCCUUUGUACCUUUUUCUCAUGUAAUAAUAUCAAUUUGUAUUAUGGGCACAAAUAUAUAAGUUCUGCCAUAUCAUUGUUUUGCCUACCGUA